AACUCCUUUUCCUUCUGCCACAUCCUCUCCUCACCUAUUUCUCUUCUUCCUCCUCUUUCCUUAGUUCCUCCUUCAGCCAAUUCUCCAUUUGUUUUUUCUUUGCUAUCUCCUUAAGAGAAUCCUCCGAAAAUCACAGGUUAUGUCUUGACUAGGGUAUUAACCCGUGCCCUUCUGAUUUUCGCAUAUCUCCGCGCCCAUCUCUUUUUCUCCACAAAAGGAGAGCUCAAAAAUUAUAGAAGAGUACUCAAGCUAGGGUUUCAUUGUAUGUCCAGAGUGGGAUAUAUACGUGGGAGUAGAAAGUCGAUUUAAAGCAACGAAAAUGAUUUGGAUGAUCAUCUUGUAGAUUUGAAGGGAAUACAAAAGCUCAAUAAAAGAAAAACUCCAAAACCGAUAUAAGGAUCAAUAAUCGUCAAAAUCAUCAUGUAUCAGCCAAACAUGUUUGAGUCUCAUCAUCAUAUGUUCGAUAUGACCCCCAAAAACUCGGAUAACGAUUUGGGUCUUACGGGGAGCCGAGAAGACGACUUCGAGACCAGGUCUGGCGCAGAAGUCACCAUGGAGAAUCCUUUAGAAGAAGAGCUUCAAGAUCCUAAUCAGCGUCCCAACAAAAAGAAGCGUUACCACCGUCACACGCAACGCCAGAUUCAAGAGCUUGAAUCGUUCUUCAAGGAGUGUCCUCAUCCUGACGAUAAGCAAAGAAAAGAGCUGAGCCGAGAGCUAAAUUUAGAACCUCUGCAAGUCAAGUUUUGGUUCCAAAACAAGCGCACCCAAAUGAAGGCACAACAUGAGAGGCAUGAGAACUCGAUUCUGAAGUCAGACAAUGACAAGCUCAGAGCAGAGAACAAUAGGUACAAGGAUGCUCUAAACAACGCAACAUGCCCAAACUGUGGUGGUCCUGCUGCCAUAGGAGAAAUGUCAUUCGACGAGCAGCAUUUGAGGAUUGAAAACGCUCGUCUACGCGAAGAAAUCGAUAGAAUCUCUGCCAUAGCUGCCAAAUACGUAGGGAAGCCAAUGCUGACUCACUCCUCCUCGUCUUUCCCUCAGCUCACAUCUUCACACCACAUACCGUCUCGCUCGCUUGAUCUUGAAGUUGGCAACUUUGGAAACACUAACAAUAGCCAGACAGGUUUCCUAGGGGACAUGUAUGGAACAAGCGACAUUAUGAGGUCGGUCUCGAUCCAUAAUGAUGCUGAUAAGCCAAUGAUUGUUGAGUUAGCUGUUGCUGCCAUGGAGGAGCUUGUGAGAAUGGCUCAAACAGGUGAUCCCUUGUGGGUUUCAAGCGAUAGUGCGGUUGAGAUUCUCAAUGAGGAAGAGUAUUUUCGAACGUUCCCUAGGGGAAUAGGACCAAAACCUUUGGGUUUAAGAUCAGAAGCUUCUAGAGAGUCCACUGUCGUCAUCAUGAAUCAUAUCAAUCUCGUUGAGAUUCUAAUGGAUGUGAAUCAAUGGUCUAGUGUGUUCUGCGGGAUUGUAUCCAGAGCAUUGACGCUAGAAGUUCUAUCUACUGGCGUUGCAGGGAACUACAAUGGGGCAUUACAAGUGAUGACAGCUGAGUUCCAAGUCCCGUCACCACUUGUCCCGACACGAGAGAACUACUUUGUAAGGUAUUGUAAGAAGCACAUCGACAAUACUUGGGCGGUUGUUGAUGUCUCUUUGGACAGCCUAAGACCAAGUCCCAUCAUUAGAAACAGGAGAAGACCCUCUGGUUGUCUGAUUCAAGAAUUGCAGAAUGGCUAUUCAAAGGUGACAUGGGUAGAGCAUACGGAGGUGGAUGACAGAUCGGUUCACACCAUGUAUAAACCGUUGGUUAAUACCGGUUUAGCUUUUGGUGCAAAACGUUGGGUGGCUACACUUGACCGCCAAUGCGAGCGGCUCGCUAGUUCGAUGGCUAGCAACAUUCCAGCCGGUGAUCUUUCCGUGAUAACGAGUCCUGAGGGAAGAAAGAGCAUGUUGAAGCUAGCGGAGAGGAUGGUGAUGAGCUUCUGUAGCGGAGUAGGCGCGUCAAAUGCACAUGCCUGGACUACAUUAGCCACCGCAGGAUCCGACGACGUUCGGGUCAUGACCAGGAAGAGCAUGGAUGAUCCAGGAAGGCCUCCGGGUAUCGUCUUGAGCGCCGCCACUUCGUUCUGGAUCCCAGUGGCACCUAAACGUGUGUUUGAUUUUCUGAGAGACGAAAACUCAAGAAGCGAGUGGGACAUACUUUCUAACGGAGGCUUGGUUCAAGAAAUGGCUCAUAUCGCAAAUGGUCGGGACCCUGGGAACUCUGUCUCCUUGUUCCGAGUUAAUAGCGCGAACUCAGGACAGAGCAACAUGUUGAUCUUACAAGAAAGCUGUACGGAUGCAUCAGGAUCGUAUGUGAUAUACGCACCUGUCGAUAUAAUGGCUAUGAACGUUGUCCUGAGCGGCGGGGAUCCAGAUUAUGUCGCUUUAUUGCCAUCCGGGUUCGCUAUAUUACCUGAUGGCUCUUCAAGAGUGAAUGCUAGUGCCGGAGCUGAAGGAGGAGGAGAUGGAAAUAAUCUCGAAGUGGUUACUUCCACCGCAAGUAACUGCGGUUCGCUACUCACCGUAGCGUUUCAGAUUCUGGUUGACUCUGUUCCAACCGCUAAGCUCUCUCUAGGCUCAGUGGCUACAGUCAACAGUCUGAUUAAAUGCACUGUUGAGCGAAUCAAAGCUGCCUUGGCAUGCGAUGGGGCGUGAUCGAAGUUUUCUCUAAGAAGUGAAAGAGGAGAAAGGUUUAGGAGUUUUUUUCAUGGUAAUAUUUGUUUCUUGUUUUUAAAAGAUUUUCCAAAAGGGAGUCAAGAACGCACCUUUUUGCGUUUAAUCUCAUUGCGCGUUUGAUUGCGGGCGGGCCAAAAAGAGGCUUGAGAAAGAAAGGGUAAAGAGGUUCGGGUAUUGACUUCUGCUGGAAACCAAAAAAAAAAGUGAAUCGGUUUGUUAACUUUCAAGCGUUUAAUUUGCGUUUUCUCUGUUAUUAUUUUAUCAUUCAGUAAUGAACAUCUUAGCGUUUUGGGUAUUGCCGCUACUUUCAAAGUGUAUGUUGCUACUCGUUGUUAUUACUAAGGCACUAUUGUAGUACUGAUAUUAUAUUAUUGUCGAUGAAGCUCA